AUGAAACGAAAUAUUCAAAAUGAAAAAGAUGUUCAAGCAUCUCAAACGAAACGUAUUCGAGGAGAUACAUCAAUGCGACAAAAGGAGAAUAAUUUUGAUAAUGGGAUUGCAAGUCAAAAGAGAUCGUCAAAAAAAGAUACUCAACAUAUGAAGGAUAACCAAUUCGGUAGUGAAUCUGAUCAUGAGAAUGGUAAUAAUAUUACCACAUCUACACCGACUACAUCUGGUACUUCAUUUUCGUCAUCAUCUAAACGUUUACCAUUAUCACAAAGACCAUCAACACAAGCGAAUCAAAAAAUAACAACUGAACAUAAUGCAAGUCAGUUGAUAACAUUAUCAGAUAGUACUAAUUGUUCUAUCGGUUCACGAACUAGUUCAUCGAAAACAACAUUGUCUAAAGGAAGUACAAAAGCAAAUUCAACAAGUAUCAAACCAAUCGAUAAUACUGAUCGAAAUGCAUCACAUUCAAAUUCACAAGUUCGAUCAUCAUCUGCAUCAAUAAAUAAAAAUCCAAUAAUUAACACACAAAAUUUUACCACAAGCUCCACCUUCAAUGAUCGUGCAACAAGUCAACGAUCAUCCAGUUCUUCAUCAUUUCUUGAUCUGAAUAAUUCAAGAUCAAACGAUUUUCCAACUCAUUCGUUAAUAGAAGGUUCAAUUGAAUAUAGAGAGUUGAAAAGAAUGUAUGCACGUGAACAAAGCUUGGUAGACGAGUGGCGGAAGGAUUAUCAAGUUCUUAAAACACAAUUGAAUUAUUUAAAGUCCAACACGAUUCCACGACCAACUGCCGCCGUAACUGAGUGGCUCGAGGAGCUAUUCCAUUUAAUGAAAGACAAUAAAGCUUUUCCAGGUGAUGGAAGAAAUUUGAAAUCAAUUGGGGAAGAUUUAGGGCUAGAACCUGAAAAUCUUGUUACUGUGGCAGCGCGGACUCCACAGAAGUCCGCGCUGAAGCUCUUCCGUUUAUUAUAUCCAACAAUCGGCAACAGAGCAGCUUGCGUGUCUAUUUCAAAGCUCCCAAAAGAACAAUUACAAAAUAUAUAUAGUGAGAUUUUUAGUCAUCAUAUAAUUAUCUUUUCACUUUCUAAUUUAGUUUACGUACGUACACUUCAUCCAAAUCUUACUUUCCACAUGACUGAUAUGAAAAAUGCUAUUGGUACAUCGAUACGAAGCGCACGAAGUGAAUUACGGAGAAGUGAACGUUAUCAACUACAACAUAUAAACGUGAUAGAACACGAUGAAAGAAUUGAUGCUGCUUCAGAUGAUGAUAAUAAUGAAAAUGAAGAUGGAGACAAUGAUGAUGAAGAGAAAGAAAAUGAUGAUGACGAUGACAAUCAGGAAGAUGAUAGUGAUGUUGAUAAUAUGAUUGUCGAUGAUGAAAUUGAUGAAGCAGAAGAUGAUAAUUAA